AGGCAUUUGUGCCUGAAGCCACGGACGAUAGAUGGACAAGCCAAGCGACUUCUGACUCCGCAUCAUUUUCUGGAGCGAAACUCUAUGGCAAUGUAUCCUACAAGGGUGUCCGGUGAGGAGUGCAAUGGGAUCAAUAGCAUGUCGGCGGAGAGCGGCCCUGGCACGAGACUGAGGAAUUUGCCGGUGAUGGGGGACGGACUCGAAAGCACCCAAAUGUCUACAACGCAAUCGCAGGCUCAACCCCAGCAAGGCAGCGUCGUAGGCGUCAAUCCCCCUCCGCCGGAGACCUCCAACCCCAACAAACCCAAGCGGCAGACCAACCAGCUGCAGUAUCUGCUCAAGGUGGUGCUGAAGACGCUCUGGAAGCACCAGUUUGCGUGGCCUUUCCAGCAGCCCGUGGACGCCGUCAAGCUGAACCUCCCCGAUUAUUAUAAAAUAAUUAAAACUCCGAUGGAUAUGGGAACAAUAAAGAAACGCUUGGAGAAUAACUACUACUGGAACGCUCAAGAAUGUAUCCAGGAUUUUAACACCAUGUUUACAAACUGCUACAUCUACAACAAGCCAGGGGAUGACAUAGUCUUAAUGGCAGAAGCUCUGGAAAAACUUUUCCUGCAGAAAAUCUCGGAAAUGACCCAGGAGGAAACGGAAAUCGUCAUCGCCCAGACGAAAGGAAGGGGCCGCGCCAGGAAGGAAGCAGUGACGUCCAAACCAGGCUCAUCCACGGUACCCAACGCAACCCAAGCCUCCUCCCCGGCGCAGACGCCGGCACCGCCGCAGCCCCUGCAGUCGGCGCAGACGACUCAUUCCUUCCCUCCCGUCACCCCCGACCUCAUCGUCCAGACCCCGGUCAUGACGAUGGUUCCUCCUCAACCUCCCGCGCCGCCUCCGCCUGCUCCUCAGGCCCCCGCGCCGCCGGCCCCGGCUCCCCAGCCCAUCCAACCGCACCCUCCCGUUAUCCCAACGCCCGCCCAGCCCGUGAAGACAAAAAAAGGGGUGAAGAGGAAAGCAGACACCACGACGCCGACCACCAUCGACCCAAUUCACGACUCGUCAUCGUUGCCCACCGAGCCCAAAUCCACCAAACUGGGGCCGCGGCGGGAAAGCAGCCGCCCGGUGAAGCCUCCAAAGAAAGACGUCCCCGACUCGCAGCAGCACGCGGUGGAGAAGAGCAGCAAGAUCUCGGAGCAGUUGAAAUACUGCGGCGGGAUCAUCAAGGAGAUGUUCGCCAAGAAGCACGCUGCCUACGCCUGGCCCUUCUACAAACCUGUGGACGUGGAGGCGCUGGGACUGCACGACUAUUGCGAUAUCAUCAAACACCCCAUGGAUCUGAGCACAAUCAAAGUGGCCUCAGAGAGCAGAAAUCACAGGAAAAAGGGGAUUUGA